GCAGGUAUAAAGCUGAGGGUUUAGAAGCAUGAUCGAAAACAGUCUGAAUACAACUUGCUUUCCAACAAUUCCUUCCGACCAAUUUACCAUUACCUACUCCGUACUCUGACCACGAACUAUGUCCUCCCCAAGCAUUCCAAAGAGCUGCCGCGCCGUCGUGAUCGAGAAGGCGAAUGCGCCAUGGGCCAUAAAGGAGGUUCCUAUGAGAGAGCCCAAGGAGGGAGAAGUCCUAAUUAAAGUUUCUGCAUGUGGUGUCUGUCACUCCGACUCUUUCGUGCAAAAUGGCAGCUUCGGCACGUACCCCCGCAUCCCCGGACAUGAAGUCAUUGGGACUGUAGUGGCUAUCGGUCCCAACGAAAGGAAAUGGAAAGUCGGCGACAAGGUUGGCGGACCAUGGCAUGGUGGGCAUGACGGGCUAUGCACUCCUUGCAAUAAGGGCCUUUACCAGAUGUGCGAAAAUGAAGAGAUUAAUGGUGUAACUCGAGACGGUGGCUAUUCGGAAUACUGCAUUCUCCGCACAGAAGCUACCGUUCGAAUUCCAAAAGACGCCGACCCCGCUGAAUAUGCACCUCUUCUGUGCGCCGGUGUGACUGUUUUCAAUGGCAUCCGAAAGAUGAAUAUUACCCAUGGAGACAUUGUAGCUAUACAGGGUCUCGGUGGCCUGGGGCAUCUUGCCGUGCAAUAUGCGCGCAAGAUGGGCUAUCGGACGGUCGCACUGUCAACUAGCAGUUCGAAGAAGGACUUUGCGUUCCAAUUAGGUGCGACCGACUAUGUGGAUACGAGCAAGGAAGACGCUGCGGAAGCGCUUCAGAAGAUGGGCGGCGCUUCCUUGAUCGUAGUCACGGCGCCAAAUCCUAAGAUCAUGGGUCCUUUGAUCAAUGGAUGCGGGCCUCUGGGUAAGGUGUUGAUACUAGCACCUGUUGGAGAUAUACCAGUCAAUACGGCAGCGUUGAUCCCUAAGGGCAUUAGCGUCCAUGGAUGGCCCAGUGGACAUGCGCUGGACUCUGAAGAAGCAAUUAAAUUCGCCGAACACCAAGGGGUGAAAUGCAUGAUCGAGAAGUUUCCGUUUGACAAGGUGGAAGACGCUGUGAAGCAUAUGGAGAGUGGCAAGGUCAGAUUCCGCAGCGUCAUUGUGAUGGAUUAAAUGUCGAGGUUGUAGAUGGCCUGGCAAUGGGCGGAAUGGGGCGUAAAGAAGGUAUGAAUUAUGCCGAGUACAAGGAUGG